AUGGCACAGCUACCACCGUAUCUGGUGCGAAUCGUCGCAUCGAUGCUGACGCAAGCACUUACACGAAAACUUGCCAACUCGCCACUGUUCUUCCGUAUCGUCGACCGCAUGAUCCACGAGAUUGAUCACAUGCCACACAGAAUGCAGGGUCGUCAAGUGCCGACAUAUCAGCCGCCAUUAGGAAUGCGAGAAAGUGAAUGGGAUCAAGAUCAGGGAGAGCCGCACAAUGAGCCAUCCCCGUUUCCUGAAUCUUUCAAAGGCAAGCAAGCUGGAUCGACAUCAACAGGAGUAGGUUCGACCAGGCAGCCAACGAGUUUCGAAGAGGCUCAAAGGCAGAGGGCAAGAAUGUCAUAUCAGCAAUCACAGAGAUUAGCACAAAGGGAUCGAGAAAGAGCGCAAGCACAGCAGAAAUCGACCAAGGACGACUCAGUGUCGAAAGAGCUGAAAGAACUGCAGGACAAGUUGCGAGAGCUGCGCAACAGCAAACCAGGAAACUCAUAG